GUCCAAGAGGUCCUCAGCAAGGCGGAUUCCGCCGGGGACGAGCAGAAGGCUGCAUUGCAGGGGCAGAAGGCGCGAUACCAGGACGAGAUUGAUUCCCUGGAAUCCGAGAAGGCGCAGCUCAAGGCGCGCCUGGCGGACUCUGAGGCUCAGGUGCGGAUCCUGAAAUCGCGACUCGAGUCUGCUGCUGUGGAUCCCUGGAAGUUCUCUGACUUCCUGCAGGAACACACUGAAUUCACGGGCAAUUGGGAGCGUCUCCACGACCCCUUCAAGUUCUGCAUCAAGGGCUCGAAGCCUCCUGAAUCCUGGGACACGGUCGUCAACGUCACGGCCAUGGACAAGCGCAAGGCUGUGGUGCCCCCGUACCCAGAGAAGAGCACGUGA